AUGUUGAGUCUUCCCCACAGCACCGACGCGGAGAACAGCGUGGUGGUAUUCUGGGAUAAAGCGAACUUUGCCGGCAACGCGGUGCAGGUUCGUCGGGCUUUCAUGGGGCAGACCUGCUACAACGAUAACGUUGGGAAGCCGUCAUCGAUCACGUGGAAGAAUCUGCCCACGACUGGCCGGUUCGAGGGCAAAUCCAAGAUCGCCUUCUACUCGGAGCGAUCCUGCAAGGGCAUCGUCAAGGCCUGGUUCACCACGGGGAAGGACUUCCCCACCAAUUUGGCGCUGGACGGGCUCAAUGACAACGUCAAGUCUUUCAUGCUGUGGCAGAUAAACGAGGAGCCGCGCGUUUAUCAGGACUAG